AUGGGAGAUGAGUCGGAUAAUGACUUUGAAACGGGAUUGAGAGAACUUAAUAUCACCAAACGAGUUCGUAGAGAUGAGAUCAGUGCAGACAAGGCUCCCGAGUUGGAUGUUGCGCUAAUGAUUGGCAAGCCUGGCAAACCCAAGGAAUCCAGGAACAUAGAGGCCAAUACUAAAGGGGAGCAAUCAAAAGAUGAAGGGUUGCCUCCAAAACCCGAUAAGGGAUUGCAGAGCCCUGUAGAAAUUGGAGAAAUCUCCUCAAACUCACGCAACAUCGAACUUCACGAUGACCCGGGCUCAAGCUCGGAUUCAGACUCAUCCCAUGAGUGGAGCGCUGUUCCAGCAAUUGCCUCCUACGACAUUUACAGCAAGAGCGGUGAAUUGGCACUCGCGGCUCAGAAUGAACCACCCAGUCGCGGUCCUUUAGGUGGCUCUGCAGGUGCCUCGUCCGAUCGAAUCAACAUUCAAAAGCGAGUUUCCACGUUUGGAUACACAAAGAUUGCAGACGAAGAACAAGCCCAAAGAUCGCAUGCCACAAACCAGAGGACUGACUUUCUUUUCAACCACAAGGCUCUGAAUGAAUCGGUGCGAUCUCUCGACGGGGCAGGACCCUCUACAGAAUCGUUCGACGAAUAUGAGGAUGCAGCAGAACCUGGCUCAGAGCUGAGUCCGGGGGCCCAACUUUCCUUCACCAAAACGUUAUUAAGUGAUCGAGAAAAGCUGGCCUAUGUUGGAUCCAUUUCGGUUUUAGCCAAUGAACUAUGUACCCACUUAGCGUUGACCUGUCUCUGCACAAAUGUGACUGGACGUAAGAAGCUGGCGCAAAAGCUUCAGCAAUUACAGAAGGAUAUGGGCUUAUGGAAGAGCUCUCUUUUGUCGAAGCUUUAUGAACACUUAGAGAUAUCGCCUGAGGAAGUCGGCAUGAUAGAGAACCUUACCAGCCAUGGUGUAGAACUCAAAGACUUGUGUAAGUGUUUGAAAGUUGCUCAGGUCGUGGAAAACCCUUGGGAAAAAAAGGAUAUUGGCGAUACAAAUCCAGAACUUCAAGAAUCGGACGUGAAGAACCCACCUCCAACAAACAUAGUACACCCGAAGGAUCUGCAAACACAAUCGGAGCUCAAAAUAGAUGUGGCAUGGACGAUUGUCUGUGAUUUGUUUCUCUUGUUGCUUUCGGAUAAUCGAUACGAUGCACGGUCCCGGACGUUAUUUAUUAAGUUCGCCGAAGUCCUAAAUAUCUCACAAACUGAGAUUUGUGAAUUUGAGAGACGAAUUAUUGAUGCACUAGAUAUGGAACAAUCCACAGAAGAACAGGUGUGGAAUGAAACUGAGCAUAUGAAGGCUCGUAGGAAGAAAAACAAAAGGCGAAAAUUGUACUAUGUGGGUCUGGCUACUAUCGGGGGUUCUCUAGUUCUUGGUUUAAGCGGCGGUUUGUUAGCCCCCGUCAUUGGCGCUGGUAUCGCAGCCGGACUUUCGACCGCUGGCAUAACUGGUGCAACAGGAUUUCUAACGGGAGUUGGUGGAACAGCAUUUGUCGCCGCUACAAGUACAGCGAUUGGAGCCAAGAUUGGUACAGAGGCCAUGUCUAAAAGAAUGGGAAGCGUUAGAACUUUUGAAUUUAGUCCCUUGCAUAAUAACAGAAGGGUGAAUCUAAUAAUAAGUGUAUCAGGUUGGAUGACUGGUAACGAGGAUGAUGUUCGACUACCAUUCUCUACCGUGGAUCCAGUAGAAGGAGAUCUUUACUCACUGCAUUGGGAGCCUGAAAUGCUUAAAUCUACCGGCCAGACUAUCAACAUUUUGGCCAGUGAGAUAUUUGCGACAACUGUCCAACAAAUUCUGGGUGCUACUAUACUGACAGCUUUCAUGUCCGCAGUGCAAAUGCCCAUGAUGCUUUCAAAAUUGGGCUACUUAAUUGAUAACCCGUGGAAUGUUUCCCUAGAUAGAGCUCGGGCAGCUGGUCUAAUAUUGGCAGACACUCUCAUAUCUCAAAAUUUGGGCCAGCGCCCAAUUACCUUAAUGGGAUUUUCAUUGGGUGCCAGAGUAAUCUAUUCGUGUUUGGUGGAGCUAUGUAAGCGUAAAGCUGCUGGAAUUGUCGAAAACGUCUACAUUUUUGGAUCACCGAUAGUCUAUAAUCGCGAAGAGCUGGUCAUGGUUCGGUCUGUUGUGAGUGGGAGGUUUGUCAGUGGCUACUCAGAUAAGGAUUGGGUCUUGUGCUACCUGUUUAGAGCCACAGGCGGUGGUUUCAAAAGUGUGAUAGGUAUCUCUGAAAUUAAUGGAAUAGAAGGAAUCGAGAAUCUCAAUUGCACGGAGCUUGUUGAAGGGCACAUGGCCUACCGUAAAAACAUGCCCAAACUACUGAAAAAAUUAGGCAUCUCUGUUCUCAGCGAAGAGUUUGUUGAUAUUGAAGAAGCUGCCGACCCCGAGCAAGUGCAUCGGCAGAGACGGUUAGAGCAUGAUAUGGAUAAAGUCCAAAAAAAAAUGAUUUCUAAAAAGAAGCGCAACAGCUGGGUACCGCACUGGAUGAAACCGAAAAAGGCCAAAUGGCAAGAAAUGUAUGAAGAAUCAGCUUUGACACACGAGAGCGAGGCUCAAGAUGUAAGCUUGGAUAAAGAUUUCGGAGUUGACGAAGACAAGACAGAGAAAACAGAUGAAGCCAUAACUAAUACGAGUGCAUUAAUGAAAGAACUCAAUAAGUUGAAGAAGGAAGCUGCUGUCAAAAACGAAAAGGAGGCUCGGACCAGUGGUGAAGUUUCUAAAAGUCAAGACAACGUCACCUCUGAAGCCACCGAUGAUACAUCAGGUCAGCCAACUGCGAUGACUAGAAGUUUUCCACUUCUCGACGCUGGGAUGGUAGUUCUUCCUGAAGAUGAAGUGAGUUACAACAAACGGAGCCACGGACCCGUGAAUUUUGCCUUUUCAGACGACUUCUGA